ACAAUAGAUGGCGUAUUUUUGCUUUUCCUUUAUGAAGGCGGCGACAGAAUUCAACAGUGUAAAACCAACAGCUGUUAUUUACAGGUCUCUUUGAUACGACACAUUAUCAAUUUUCAAGCCAGGAGAUCGUUUUGCUUUGGAAGAGCGGAUAAAUAAAUAAUAUUUGCCAGGCAAGAAGGCAAAAUGAGUAACCGAACGUCGGAGCAGGAAAGUCCGUGCUUCUGUUUUUUCCUGUUGAUUUCAGCGUGUUUUAUGUCCUCGCCUCUUUCAAAAUGACAAUAUCUUUUCCUUUUUCUUUUACUACUUUGCCUUUUUUAACCUUCUUAUAUCGAAUUCUUGUAUAUUUGUUAACUGUGAUAUAAGUCUAUCUACCUUUAAAAUAUUAAUCGAUAGAUAUCAAACUCUUAAUGUCAUCACUAAAAGAGAACUUUUGGGGACCAGUAACAUCUACAAUCGACUGGUGUGAGGAAAACUAUGUAGUGUCACCCUAUCUGGCAGAAUUCUUCAACACAGUUACAAAUCUUGGCUUUGUGUUCUUCUCAUUAUUUGGUAUCUAUAAUGUGUGGAAAAAUAAGUCUAGUAAAGCCUACAUGUUGGCCUAUAUGGGCGUGAUUUUCGUUGGAUUUGGCUCGUGGUGUUUUCACAUGACGUUACAAUAUGAAAUGCAAUUGUUGGAUGAAUUGCCAAUGAUCUACGUAGCAAGUAUUGUCUUUUGGUUGACAUAUCUUGCUGAUCCUGACUGUCAUAACGAUACAAUGAUUCGAAUUGGACUCGUUAUUUACUCGGCUGUCAUUACCUAUUCCUAUAUCAUCAUCAAUAAUCCUGUUUUCCAUCAAGUUGCGUACGGCUUAUUAGUUUGCGGCGUUGUGCUGAGAUCCAUUGUAUUAUUGAAAAAAGUGCCCAACACAUUUGUUUAUGAAAAACCACGAAUGAGAGCAUUAUUAUGGAUGUCAGCACUAGGGUUCAUUAUCGCAUUUAUUCUGUGGAAUAUCGAUAAUCAAUUUUGUGAGCAUUUGAAAAUGUGGAGAAGUAACGUACCGUUCUUGAUCGGGUCGGUUAGUGAGCUUCAUGGUUGGUGGCAUAUCGGUACAGCAUUGGGCGUCUAUUAUUUCAUUGUUUUUAGCGAAUGGGUUCAUCCUACAUUGGCUAAUAGUCCAAAAAGAUACAAGUUACAUUGGGUCGGCCCACUUUGUUAUUUAAGAAUAGUCGACAACAAGAAGCAAGAAUAAUAAAACACGUGAUUAGUGUCACCUCCCUCUCUCUUUUGUUUGCUACUCCACCAACACUUGCAUACAUCUGUGUACACACUUAAGUUUUAACUGGUUUUUUUUUAUUGUGAUGCAAGAUCCACUCUACAAUGUAUAAAUUUUGCCACCUCCUUUAUUUUCUUGUUUUCCCUUCUUUUUCUACUUCUUUUAGGUAUUUGUUUUAGCUCUCCUUUAGACACACAUACACAUUCUCUCUCUUUCUCUCUCAAAUAUAUUCAUAAUGAAUAUCUUUCAUGGUAGAGAUUCCUCUCUAUCAUCUAUUUCAGGUUCAUUUAUGGAUAGUAGUUGCUCCAUCUCGACAUCAGGUGACGGAUCUCCGGGAAUCUCACCUAUUAGCUCACCUUA